AUGCUUCACGCAUUUAGGGGUUGGUUCGGCAACGACAUUGUCGAGUUUGCCUCCUUGGCCAACAGCUUGGAGGCCUCCAUGAGCACUCUCAUGGGCGAGUUCGAGUGGUACGUGCGCGCAUCAGGGGUCAAGUCGGGCCUCCUCAACUCCGGUAUGCCGAUUGUCGCCGUGCACCUCUGGUUCGUGGUGUACAUCUGCUUCGCACUACUGGUGCUCUUCAACAUGUUGCUGGCCAUGGUCCUGGACAGCUACGCCGCAGCGGCUCAGGUUCUGACGAAGAGGGCCGAUGCGCCCACGAUCAUAACCCAGACUUGGCGAUACUUCCAGCGGUGGAAGGAGACUAUCCGUUUUGUCCCCUUGCGGCACUUGGCGAACCAGCUCUACGAUUUGGACUGCCACCGGCAGAAGGUCGUCACAUCGACGUCGCUUCAGGAGGCAUUCCCGAAGAUGAAGCGGAAGCAGCCAAUGGCUGGGUCUUCCCUGUACGCUGUGCUACAUCUGGAGACGCAUGCCACGCCCGAGCAGAUCAGGUGCGCCUUCAAGAAGCGUGCCCUUCAGGUCCACCCAGACAAGGGGGGGAGCAAGGAGUGCUUCCACCUGGUUUACCGGGCCUUUGAGAUCUUAGCCGACCCGACCACCCGGUCAAAGUAUGAUGCGCAGCAUCUUCUGGGUACCGGCUCAACUCCGGCCAAGGAGACGACGGUCAAACGUCCCAAGGCGAAACCUGAGGCCCGGAAAGAGGCCCCGAAGCCCGCGCCCGGCGCGCGCAAGAGGGAGCCCCCAGGCCCAGCGCAGCCUCCGCCGGGCGCCUGCGGCCGUGACAUGGCUGAGUCCUUUCUGGCCCAGGUCCAUGCAAUUCUGCGGAGCCUACCAAGAGAAACCCGCCUGCAAGUGAUCCGCGAUGACUUCUCUCAGCAGCAGAGGGUCCAGCUGGAGAAGUGGAUUGCAGAGCAGCCGUCGCAGUUCGCGCCGCGAGCGCUAAGAAGCAGCCUUCCGGCGUCCGCACCAUGGGUGCCACCAUCCCUGUGCCCACCCAUGGCCCUGGAGGACUCCCGUCCUCCCUGCAGCUCAGCUGAAGCCCCACUGGAAUCUGCCGAAAGUAAGGCUGCUGCCAGCUCCACGCGUAAGCGUCAGAAAAACACCAUGCGGGGCGUGUACCGCCGCCCGCAGAAGAAGUCUGAGCACACGAUCAUGUACGCUGCAAACAUUGUUUUCGAUGCGGUCUCGAUUACCAGCAAGGACACCGACCUACCUACGGCUGUGGAGUUCCUUGUCAUUCUCACAGCCAUCAAGCAGAGAAUGAGCAAGCUUUCCAGCAACUCUGCUUACGGCUCUCGCCUUCAGGGAGCUAUCGAGUCCUCCGCGGCCGAACAGGGCCGGAGCGUCGAGGAACUGGGCCUCCGGUUUCAGGUCUGCCAGACAAAUGGCUUCUUCCUGGGCCCUCGGGUGAAAGUGAGGUCACCGACGGUGCGCAGCGUGGACCAGCUGGCGCAGCUGCGCGAGUGCAUGAGCCCCGUCCGCCCGGUGCUGAAGCAAGGCAUGGGAAAAGGGCGCAGCAGCGUGGUGUGGCAGUAUGGCCCCGUAGACUUGGAGCGGCGAUGGGAGCAGUUCCAGGACGCAGUGGCUUCAAUGUGGGAGUGUGUCGGCCUGCCCAGCGAGAAUGCCAUCAAGCACCUGCAGUUGAUGUACGACGGCAACGCCUGCCUGCGGCAUCGGCACCUGCAAUAUUGGGAGUCGCAGCACAUGGCCAUGCAAGACAAGAUAUGCCACCGGCCCAGGCGCCUGCGGUACCCGUCGCAGAUCGGGCGCGUGCGCGGGCCCCGGCCCGCGAGGAAGCGGGUGCACCCGGCUCGGAAGCCCCUGAGUCGGCUCAGGGCGCUGCUGCGGAGGUGGCUCCGGCUGCUGGAGGCGGAGCGGAAGCAGGCGGAGAAGGAGCGGCGCGGGCGCCUGCGGGAGCAGCGGAAGCGUCAGCUGGAGAGGCAGGAGUUGGAGCGGCAGGCGCAGCGAGCCGCCCGACGAAGGCAGGCGGAGGCCCGCGCGGCCCGCUCAAGAAGGGAGUCGGCGCGCCGGAAGGUGAUCUUCAGCGACCUCACCAUGGAGGAGAUUCUGCGAGGGCCAGAUGCCAGAAAAGAGGCUGAGUGGCUGAUGCGCACCCUCUUCCAGGAGGACAAGCGGGCAAAGGCAACACAGAAGGCGCUGGAGGGCCAGGAUCAACGGAGCUACUUCUCCUCACCGGAGGGGCCCGACGCAAACCAGAUUGCUGCAGCCUGCGCCCCCGCUUUCCGGGCUGCAGCGGAGAAGUCGUCGGUCGAGCUCCUGGCGCGACUAGCGUCCUUGGAGGCGAAGGUCGAUGCCUGCUACGGACAAGCCUACAAAGGCCUAUUGAAGGAGGACUUCUAUGUUGAGAGCUCAGGCGCGCCGAUGUGGGUUGAGACAUCAGCAUCAUGCUCAUCGCUCAUCUUCGAGCAGGGCUCAGUGCUUUGUGGACCUGAGGCCGUGAGAAUGAACUUCAAAGGUGAAGGCGAGAAGGCCAAGAAGAAGCGCCGCGACAAGAAGGCACUCGAGCCGGCCGAGGAGGUCGAAGACCUUGAUGGCGGGGCCCAGGCGUCCGAGGAGAAAGAUGUGCCAGUGCUGCCGGGAUCUGGCCGUCUGGUGACCAACACCACCACCGUCCACGGCUUCGAGACGAAGUUCAAGGAUGAGUUAGAGGUGGGGGACACCAUCAUGGUCCACCAUCCCACUUCCUUGGAGGUGGAGUUGCGGAUGGUGGUGAGCGUGCUCUCGCAGCGCAGCUGCGUGAUCCACCAACCCUUCUCCAAGGAUUGCAACUCCACGGUUGAAUACCACAUCCGCAAGGACUCUCUGAAGAUCAAGGAGAAAGCCAAGUCCGAAAUUCAGGAGGAGAACCCGGAGUUACUCCAAGACGCUGCCUCGCGUGAGCUGCAGAGGCAGCUGGACAAGCGUCUGAAGAAGCAGUCCAAGACAGUGAGCGUCCGCGAGAAGACGGGCAUGUGGGGCUACAAGGUGGUCACCAAGAAGCUCGACAAGGCCUCCUCCGCCGAAGACGCGCUGGACGAGCGCUGCAAGCAGGGCCGCGACAAGUGGUGCUGCGUCUGA